AUGGUCAGCAAUCAACAAGGACACGCCAGGCAAAAUGGUGUCGGCCCGAAGACCCAGGCCACGAAACUUCCCGAAAUUAAUCGAGCCUCACUUGACGGUAUCCAAAGACUGGAAAAGUGCAAGAGGACCAACAUCUGGUCGUGGAAAAGAAGUGUACAAGGCGCCCUUAUCCCACUCAAGCUAGAGGAUGCUAUUGAUAACAAAGUCCCCCGCCCAUCUGAAAACGACCCCAACUACGAACGCUGGAGAUCCUGGUCGACAGUCGUCCGGUGCUGGUUGUUAAACCAACUGAGUCCUUCGAUAAUUGAGAAUCUUGAAUUAUUCUCCAAGCAUCUCGAAGUGGAGCUUGACUUGGAAGACCGACUUCCGCGCUACGCAGACGAUCUCCGCCCUCUUAUUGCCAAUGCAUUUAUGGCUGGCGAGGAACGUGAAAAAUCUAAUGCCGCCGUCGCUAUUCGUACAAUUCGCCGGGAGAGAUUCGAACCUGCAGACGAAUUCAUCCAGGAAUGGAGAAAAUGGAUACUUAAAAUAUGGACUCUUCGAAUGGAUAUCGACACACACAUUGCAACCAAAUUGAUGCUCCUCGAUCUACGAUACGAAAUGCCAAUGACUGUCAACUCGCUGGAAGAUCAAAUUGGCUCUUACGGCUCGGUUCCUGAUGACCGUUUCCUCGGAAUUUGCGACGAGAUAAUUGCGAAGUCUAAGAAGACGCCGAACGAGAGUACACUAAUUUGA